AUGUUGCGCGAGAGAUGGCAGGGAUGCGUUUUGGUCCUCGUCCUUCUUCUUCUCUCCAACGCGGCGUCAGGCACUUCUCUGGGGGACGACACGAUCCUCCCCACGGAGACGGAGGAUUCUCCGUCGGACCUGGCGAAGAUCGUGCACUCGUCUAAGCAGACCAAGCGGGCGCGCGUGUGCGGCGGAGCGGACCACCGGCUGCUGCGAUCCCUCGCCGACACCGGAGCGGAGGUCAUGGUCAGCAUCCCCAGCUCGCGGCUGCAGCACAUGGCCGAGUUCCGGGAGGAGGCCCGGCUCUGGGUCGCCGCCAACGUGGCGCCGUUCGUCCCGGCGACCAUGAUCACGCACGUCCUGGCGGGAGACGACGUCCUGUCGUCCGGCUCUGGCUCUCCCGGCGACGCCUACUCGCUGGUCCCCGCCAUGCUGAACCUCCACGCCGCGCUCGUCGCCGCCCGCCUCGACGGCCGUGUCAGGGUGUCCACCGCGCUGUCGUCGGUCCCGCUCGCCCCGUCCUGGUCCGCCGGCGUCGCGGGGCUCGUCCUGCGGUUCCUGAGCGAGACCGGCUCGCCGCUCUUCCUCAAGCAGGCUCACGCGCGGGAGGCCGCCGCCGACGACGCCAGAGUCGCCGACGCGUACGCCGCGAUGCGGGCGCUCGGCUUCUCGGGCAUCCCGCUGAUCGCCGCGGAGCCGGAGGGGCUCGACGGCGCGCUGGUGUACCGCAGCUACUCGCAUCAUACUGCCGGUGGGGGCGGCGGGAGGCGGUCGCUGGCGUCGGGGACGUUCUGCGUGGCGCUGCAGAACGCGGACCCGACGGCGCUGCAGGCGGGGCUGAGCUGGGCGUGCGGGCAGGGCCAGGCCGACUGCUCCGCGAUCCAGCCCGGGGGGGCUUGCUACAAGCAGAACAACCUGGCGGCGCUGGCCUCCUACGCCUACAACGACUACUACCAGAAGGGCUCCAGCACCGGCGCCACCUGCUCCUUCAACGGCACCGCCACCACCACCACCACUGAUCCCAGCUCCGGAUCGUGCGUCUUCGCGGGAAGCUCCAUGGCGGGAGGCUCCAACUCGAGCGUGCCGAGCGCCAGCCCUCCGACGAGCCUCGCCCCUCCGUCGGGUGGCCUCACGCCUCCGGUCGGCUCCAGCCCUCCGUCCGACUUCGGGCCCCCUCCGACCGGCUUCGGCCCUCCCGCGGGUGGCUUCGGACCCCCGACUGGGUUCGGUCCCCCGUCGGCGUUCGGCCCGCCGGGGAGCUUCAACGGGAGCGGGACCUUCGGGCCAAGCGGCACCCUCGAGCCUUACGGCAUCGGGUGCCGCCACGUCGCCUCUUUGGCUGCCUCCACUCUUGUGUCCGCCGUUGUUCUUGCCGUCCUCGUCGCGUCGCCCGAUCUGAUGUAA